GUGGCGGCAAAGUAAAGUCUGAAGCCUUAGAAAAGGUUGAUCCUCCACCAGUCCUCAAAGUUCCUACUAUCUACAUUAAGGAGGAACCUGAGGAUGAAACUGAAGAAGUAUCCAUCAAAGAGGAACCAUUCUUAUAUGGAAAUGAGGCUUGUUCAACUGUACAUCUCAGCCCUGCACCUGCACUCUCCUCUUGUGAGCUGUGCAAGAUGGAAGCUCAAGUCGAGGCUCAUGACAACCUCCCAAACUCCUCUUGGAACAUUUCUGCUCUGUUGUCAAAUCAGUUUGGCAAAGGUGGGUCAGCACAAGCAUCAGGAUAUGCCGCUGGUGGUGCUGGCGGUGCUGGCGUCUCUGGGGCGUCCUGCUCCAAGCAACUCAUAGAAAAAUCAUUCAAGUCCCGAGACUGUGAACAAUUGGGUACCACAAGAAAAUCAAUGCAAGAGCAUAUUGAUUUGAAAAAUUUAUGCAGAAGUAAACACCAAUGCCAGUUCUGUUUGCAUUCAUGUGCUACUGAAGCUGAUCUCAAACAACAUAUUCUCCUACAUCAUCCUCAGAGAAAUGCACAGAAAUGCUCUCAAAGUAAAUAUGCUGAUUGUUGCAAAGAAAUCUUGCACAAGCAUUGCCUUUCUAAACGUUCAUCAAUGAAGAAGUUUUGCUCCGAGUGUGAUUACGCUUGCACCUCAAAAUGGAGCUUGAAAAUUCAUUUCCUUUCCAAACAUUCAACAGAAAAACCUUUUCAGUGCUCCAUUCGUGAUAAUGCUUUCACUUCGAAGAAUAACUUGAAAAGAAAUCUUUCCAAACAUUCAACAGAAAAACCUUUUCAGUGCUCCAUGUGUGAUAAUGCUUUCACUUCGAAGAAUAACUUGAAAAGAAAUCUUUCCAAACAUUCAACAGAAAAACCUUUUCAGUGCACUGAGUGUGAUUAUGCUUGCACCAAAAAAUUCCUGGACGAAUGUUCCAUAUCUCCUGUUCUUGAUGUUCCACUCAACUGCAUCAAGGAGGAGGUCAAAAUUGAGAUAGAUGAACCAGUUCUGGUUGAAGAACCAACCUCCAAUGAUGAUUUUCCUGGGUUCAGUAUGGACGCGCAAGUCCUGGACGAGUGUUCCUUACCUCCUGUUCAUGAUGUUCCACUCAACUGCAUCAAGGAGGAGGUCAAAAUUGAGGUAGAAGAACGGGUUCUUUUUGAAGAACUGACCUCCAAUGAUGAUUUUCCUGGGUUCAGUAUGGACACACAAGGUACAUGGCCUGCCAGCCCUGCUAGCAGUGACCAGCCUGUUCCACCUCCCCCGCCUUCUGCGUCUUGCUCAAGGGCGGCUCAAGUGACGAGCUGUGAUGCUGCUGAUGUCUCUGGUGCUGCUGCUGAUGUCCCUGAUGCUGAUGUUCGUGCUGCAGCUGCUGAUGUCUGUGCUGCAGCCGCUGAUGUCCGUGCUGAAGCUGCUGAUGACCCUGGCCAAGCUAGUGUUGCUCAACUCUCUUCAAUCAUGGCGGAUGAAACUGGUGAACAGUGCAGCAGCGGUAAGUCGUUCACUGCUGGAGGAGCUGCAGCUGGUGGCAGUGGUGGUCCUUCUAAACCGUCCUGCUCCAAUAAUAUUGAACACUCAAACAAGAGGAAGUUUCAGUGCGAGCAUUACAAGAACAUCUAA